CUCCUUCACACCACCCGGAAGGGGAGAGAACGGAUGCCGCAGAGGCUCAGAAAGGCCCCUGGGCUAGCGAGUAACGUAUGAAACAGGGGAGCCGGCUGAGGCUGGGGGAAAGGGACGUGCGGCUGUUGAAGGCGGGCCCUGCGGGAGCAGCUGUGGGGACGUCAUGGAGGAUGACUCGCCAGUGAUCUAUGGGCUGGAGUUCCAGGGCUAAUUGCUAACUGGCUGAUUGGGCUUUGGCUACUGCUGUUUGCUGGAUUCUCCAAGGCAGAUCACUUCCUGCUGUUAAGUGGAUGUAUUGCCAUUUUGCUGCUCUCACAAACAAGCUGCCUCAUGCAGUUCCUUGGAUUGCCAACGCCCGUGCUUUAACACCCCAGAUAGCAGAAACGGAUGCAAUUCGAUUUUUGGUUGGGACACAGUCUCUCAAAUAUGAUAAUCAGAUUCACAUAAUAGAUUUUGAUGAUGAAAAUAACAUUAUAAACAAAAAUGUUCUCAUCCAUCAAGCGGGUGAAAUUUGGCACAUUAGUGCCAGUCCUGCAGAUAAAGGUGUGCUAGCAACCUGCUACAAUAAAACUUCAGACAGUAAAGUCAUGACAUGUGCGGCUGUUUGGAGGAUGCCGAAGGAAUUGGAAUCAGGCAGUCAUGAAUCCCCUGAUGAUUCAUCAAGCAACACUCAAACCCUGGAGCUACUCUGUCACCUUGACAACACAGCCCAUGGCAAUAUGGCCUGUGUUAUAUGGGAGCCAAUGGGAGAUGGUAAAAAGCUCAUUUCACUGGCUGAUAAUCACUUAUUAUUGUGGGAUUUGCAAGAAAGCUCAAGCAACGCCGUGCUCUCCAAUUCUGCUGUAUUGGAAGGAAAAGGGCAAUUAAAAUUUACUUCCGGACGAUGGAGUCCACACCACAAUUGUACACAGGUUGCAACAGCCAAUGAUACUGCCAUUCGAGGAUGGGAUACACGAAGUAUGAGACAGAUCUAUUACAUAGAAAAUGCACAUGGACAGCUGGUACGGGACCUAGACUUCAAUCCCAAUAAACAGUACUACCUGGCUAGUUGUGGAGAUGACUGCAAGGUGAAAUUCUGGGAUACUAGAAAUGUCACUGAGCCAGUGAAGACACUAGAGGAGCAUUCCCACUGGGUAUGGAAUGUACGAUACAAUCAUUCUCAUGACCAGUUAGUCCUUUCAGGCAGCAGUGAUAGCAGAAUCAUUCUGUCUAACAUGGUAUCAAUUUCUUCUGAGCCCUUUGGACAUCUGGUAGAUGAUGAUGAGCUUAGUGACCAAGAGGACCACCAUCAAGAGGAGAAGACUAAAGAGCCCCUUCAGGACAGCAUAAUAGCUACCUAUGAAGAACAUGAAGACAGUGUAUAUGCAGUGGAAUGGUCCUCAGCAGACCCAUGGCUUUUUGCUUCUUUGAGUUAUGACGGGAGACUUGUUAUUAACAGAGUUCCCAGAGCACUUAAAUAUCAUAUACUGUUAUAAUUUGUUUGGAUUAUGAUAUAAUCAUUAUCUUGGCAUCAUUUUUAGAAGCUUUAAAUGUAUUGAUAAUUGUUUAGCUGUCCAAGUACAAUACUUUUUUGUUCAGUGUAAACAUUUAAACAUAAUUAAUACAUAAAACAAUAAAAUAAACUUGACUA